AUGACACAACCCUUCAUAACUCAAGCUGAAACUGCUCAAAGUUACGCAAACACAGUAACAACCCAAAUAGACAUUCUUAAGGAUUUUUCAAAAUGGUCUAGAGCUCUUCGAGUCUUUUCAUAUGUUUAUCGUUUCUAUGAUCGAAUCUCUCGUACCCGCAGAAAGUUGAACCAGCAUCAAAAAGUAGAACUCGACCGAGUUACACAUUCUGAACCCAGAGACAGACUUAAAGUUCUGUUCACACACCCUAGUAUUCAACUGGAUGCAGAAGAGAUUACUAAUACAAAAGAUAAACUUAUAAUAAUAUGUCAGACUCUAUAUUACCCUGAAGAAUAUAUUUGUUUACAGAGGAAAACUCCACUACCCGGAAAAAGUACUCUUAUUACCCUAACACCCUAUUUAGAUUCGAAGAACAUUAUACGUGCAAAUGGUCGUUUAGCAAAAUCAAGCUGUUUAUCAUAUGAUGAAAGACACCCAAUUAUAUUACCCUACAAAAGUUGUUUUACAAAAUUGUUGACAAGUCACGUUCACUUAAUAACUCUACACGGAGGAAAUCAAGCUAUGCUGCGAGUUAUACGAUCGGGCUAUUGGAUUCCAAAGCUCAAAAAUCUUAUACGCUUCAUAGUUGAUAAAUGUACCCAGUGCACAAGAUAUAGACAUCGCCAAACUACCCAAUUAAUGGCGGCUUUACCUCCAGAACGUACUCAAUUGUCGAGACCCUUUUGCAACACUGGAGUUGAUUUUGCUGGACCGUUUGACAUAAAAACGUAUGCUGCCCGAGCAUGUAAAGUCACCAAAGGUUACGUCUGUGUCUUCGUAUGCUUUGCAACAAAAGCAAUUCAUUUAGAACCAACGUCAGACCUAUCUACCCAAGCAUUCAUGGCUGCUUUCGCCCGAUUUUUUUCGAGGCGGGGAUGCCCUGCCGCUAUAUAUUCAGACAACGGUACUAACUUUGUUGGUGCUUGUCAACUACUCAAGAAAGAGCGACAGGAAUUCUUUAAACAAUUGAGAAGUUCUGUUAUUGCAGCUAAUAGUUUUCAAAACUUGAUUUGGCACUUCAUUCCACCCGGAGCUCCACACAUGGGAGGCUUAUGGGAAGCUGGAGUCAAAAGCUUCAAAAGCCAUCUUAAGAAGUCAAGAAUUACCCGACACACAUUUGAAGAAUUCGCUACCCUACUUACAAGAAUUGAAGGAUGUCUAAAUUCGAGACCACUUAGCCCAUCAAGUGAAAACUCACAGGACUUAAACCCAUUAACCCCAGGUCAUUUUUUGAUAGGUUCACCCAUGUUAACACCUGCCGAACCCGAUUGUAGUGAUGGAAACGUUACUAUAGCAAAUAGAUGGCAAAAACUGAGGAUUCAACAUCACCACUUCUGUCGAAGAUGGAAAGAUGAAUACCUCAAAGAGUUACACAAGAGAUAUAAGUGGAAAUACCCUCAGAGAGAAAUUGCAGUAGAUGAUUUAGUUGUCAUUAAACACGACAACAUACCUCCGAACGAAUGGUCGCUUGGUCGUGUCGUUAAAACUGUUCCCGGUUCUGAUGGACGUAUCAGAGUCGUUGAACUGAGAACCUCAACAGGAAGUUUAAUCCGACCGAUAACUAAAGUUGUCGUUUUACCCACUAGUUAG